GCUAGAAUUUAAAAAAAAAAAAAAAGAUAGAUGGGAAAACGGAAAAAAAUAUUUUAGAUAUCCGUCAACGGGUCAGCGCCUAGCGGCUAAAAGCCUCCUCCCUCUCCCUUUUUGUGAGAGGCCAAAGCUGUAAAUGGCCAUAAGGCCCUUGAAUUUCACGACAAUCUCUCUUCACCACCAUCACCAUCACCAUCACCAUCACCACCGCCCCCGUCUCAGCCUCUCUCUCCUCUUCUCCCGUUCACCAAUAUCCUCCUCUCUUGCUUCUACCCUUUCCUUCCUCCGCGGAAUCGCCUCCAAAACAUCAUACUCCGCCGUUUCUCAACAGCAACAGCAGCAGCAGCAACAAAAGCUGAGGAAAGAGCUUUUGCUGAAGGAGCUGAAAGAAACCGAAACCCUGGCGCAAAAGAUAGGGAAAGCCAUUAGGCACCCUGGCUUUCCUUCUAAGUCUAGGGUUUACGCCGAUGUCAAUGUUAUUCGUCCUAAAGAGUACUGGGAUUACGAGUCCCUAAUUGUCCAAUGGGGCAGGGAACAAGAUGAUUACGAGGUGGUUAGGAAAGUUGGAAGAGGGAAAUACAGUGAGGUGUUCGAAGGCGUUCAUUGUACUGAUAAUGAGAAAUGUAUUAUCAAGAUUCUCAAACCUGUAAAGAAGAAGAAGAUUAAGAGGGAGAUUAAAAUUCUGCAAAAUCUUUGUGGAGGGCCGAAUAUUGUGAAGUUGCUCGAUAUAGUUAGGGAUCAGCAAUCGAAGACACCAAGUCUUAUAUUUGAAUACGUGAAUAAUACGGAUUUUAAAGUGCUUUAUCCGACACUCUCAGAUUAUGAUAUUAGAUAUUAUAUCUAUGAACUUUUGAAGGCAUUGGAUUAUUGCCACUCACAAGGUAUUAUGCACCGAGAUGUGAAGCCCCAUAAUGUCAUGAUUGAUCACGAGCAGCGUAAACUUCGUCUUAUUGAUUGGGGCCUUGCUGAGUUCUAUCAUCCAGGGAAAGAAUACAAUGUUCGUGUUGCUUCGAGAUAUUUUAAAGGUCCUGAGCUUCUUGUUGAUUUGCAAGACUAUGAUUACUCUUUAGACUUGUGGAGUCUUGGUUGUAUGUUUGCUGGAAUGAUAUUCCGGAAGGAGCCAUUCUUUUACGGGCAUGAUAAUUAUGAUCAACUAGUCAAGAUAGCCAAGGUUCUUGGGACAGAUGAAUUAAAUGCUUAUCUAAAUAAGUACGGUAUCGAAUUGGAUCCCCAUCUUUUAUUUCUUGUUGGGAGGCAUAGUCGCAAACCUUGGACAAAGUUCAUUAAUGCUGAGAAUCAACAUCUGGCAUUACCUGAGGCCAUCGAUUUCCUCGAUAAGUUGCUUCGAUAUGAUCAUUUGGAAAGGCUAACUGCAAAAGAAGCAAUGGCUCAUCCUUAUUUUUACCCGAUUAGAAAUGCGGAAAGCAGCAGAACUCGGACCUAGCAUGCCAACUUCACGAUGAUGAUGUUAAGGCAUGGCAUCUUCUUCUUUCUUCAUAUGCAUGGUUAGAUCCAUAUCCCUUUAUAGAAUGGCAGAAGAUUAAAGUCUUUUUUUUUUUUUUGUGAUUUUCGUGUCUCCCCCAAGGGAAAUGUUUAUGUUUUAUUUUGAAUUAUACCAUAUUUGUGUUUUUUCUUUUCAGAUGAAAAACAGUACUGAAUUACAUUUAUGAUAAUAUUAUUUUGUUUU